AUGGCGUCUUCUCCUUUUACCCGGUCCUCCAGAAAAUCUGAAGGGCUCACGACCAGGUCCUCUACUCGAAGUAACGGCGUCGCGAUCCCAUCUCACCACAACAAUGCGCAGAAUAGGCAGAGACAGCAACCGUCCAAUAUCGGCCGCAAGAAGCGUCCGCGAGACUCUCUCGACCACGAUGAACACCCCAUCGAGGCGAAGAAGGCGAGAAUCACGGUCGAAAUCACCUCCAAGCCCAGGCUUCAGCCCAAGACCCGGUCUCUCGUCAUCAAAACAAACGCGGAUUCACUACCACCACCACCAGCUUCUCCUCAGCGAUCCGCCUCGCCACCACCGAAACACGUCGAGAGCGCUACACAAACCCCAGCACCACCGCCCCCACAAUCACAAUCACAACUACAAUCACAGCAACAACCUACCGCUACCAUUCAUCACCAGAAAGUCGUCAAUGGCAUCAAACACGAGCUCGAUCGCCUGCAGCCUAAAGCCGCAGAUCUCAACAAGGACGAGAAGCGCAAGCUACGUUCACAAGAAGGCACACGGUUCAAGAGCGAAUUGUCACAAUACUUUCCCGAAUAUGAUGAGGUCAUUGGAAAUGAUCCAAAGGAAGACCAUAUAUUGAAUCUCGACACCCCGAUGAUCAUCGUUGAUAGCGCCAAGACAUCCAAGCAGCCUUCGUCCCCCAAAAAGCCGAAUGGCGAAUCCCAUGCAUACCCCCUCAAAGAAUUUCCCGACUCCCUUUUCGACGACAUAUAUAAUGCGGAGAGGCGAGAUUAUACUUUUUUAAUAAACAAUCACCUGGAGGAAGGUGGUGAGGACCCAUUGUCGGAUGCCUAUUUCGAAUCAAUCCAUCGAAAGCCCGAGCGACAGGAGAAGCAAAUCCGGAACGGCGAUAGAGGUCGGGCCCAGCAUGAGAAGGAUCAGGUCAUAAGGCUCUUGGAAGGUCUGCAGGGUCAUGAUUGGCUAAAAUUGAUGGGUGUAAGUGGCAUAACGGACAGUAGGAAAAAAGAGUACGAGCCGGCGCGCGAGCACUUCAUCAAGGGCUGUGAGAACAUACUGGAGAAGUUCCGCACAUGGAGAGAAGAGGAAAAACGGCGGAAGCUUGAAAAAGAGCAGGCUUUGGCCCAAGCGGAGGCAGCAGAGGAAGAGGAGGUAGUGGAAGGGGUAGAUGAAGUCGAUGAGGAUGAUGCUAGGAGUGAUGGCGAUCCACCCGACUACAGUGACGUAGAUGCGUCUGCAGCUAGACAGUUGCACGACGAAGCAAUUGCUCGCUCAGCUCCUCUUGCCAAGAAACAUGCGGAAAGGAGGGCAAAGGUAGAGAUGAUACCUCAAUCGACAAUCGAGUACGAAAAGGAGUUCAAGUCAUUCUUCCCCAAGCCACAUCUUCGGCAGACAGCCCUUGGAAGACACCGGCGGAGUGGUAGAAGUGUAUCUGCUUGGGGCCAUCCUGUUCCCGAGGUUCCUGUCGAAGACUUCGAGUUGCCCGAAGAGUACAGAGACGAGGAGACCUUGAAAAUACAUGCUCGAAGGAAGAGGAGAGAUAGGAGAAUUAGCAAGCCCUGA